GUCUGGAGGCUAGCCGGCAAUACAGUACUUGGCCUCUAAUUACCCCCUUCGUCGUCGCAGGCAACAUCGACGAUGUCAGGAGACAACAUGCAGGACGACUGGGCGACGGCUCGCAAGAACAGGCUGCCCUCCUUUACCGAGGUGCUGUCGCGGAGGACGAGACCACCCGUGGAUUUGUUCAUGUUCUAUUUAUUCCUGCAGAGAGAGGGAGCUGAAGACAUUCUGGACUUCUGGCUCGACGUGCAGCAGCAUGAAAACCUCUGCAGGGCUUAUUUCAAGGAUGUCCGCAAGUCUGGACGCACCAUCAGGGACGACUGGCCUCAGUACUGGGACUACGCUCGGCGACGGGGCUCCAUCUAUGGAACUGUAGUCGGACUCAAUCCUUCCAGUGCGGCCGGGAUGCAGACCAAGCGGAGCACCGCAAGCACGAAUGAGAUGCUCUCGCAACAGGAGAAGGACCACCUCGCCGGGUUAGGGGAGAAGGACCGAGCCGAGAUGUCGACGAGCCCCCGCCCGACUUCCCCCUUCGCCUCCACUUCGCCGCAGGACCCCUUUGACGUGCCCCGCUCCACCACCCCGUUCUCGCUUGGAGGGCGUACGCCUACGCUUUUCAGCAAGCGCGCGUCGCGAGCGCCUACCAUUAUUCCUCGCUCGCAGGCAGUGACUCGCCAGGACCUCAUCCGCUCAGCCGAGCACAUCUUUUACAAGUAUCUCACACCUGCCAGCAACACCAUAGAUGGUGAAUCCCAUGAGAUCUACCUUCCUCCGUCCCUACGCAUUCACUCCUUCCCGCUGAGCAGCGAGCGUGAACCCCGCAACGACCAGGAGCAAGCACUCAUGGCACAGAUUCCCGAUAUGUUCCAUGCUCAGAAGGAGUACUGCUUCCGUGCGAUGGAGCAGGAUGCGUUCCCUCGCUUCCUCAGGGCGAAGGCGUUCGGCAAUUUGACGCCCGUCAGCGCUUUGGUGCGGCUGAUCGCUGGCCUGAUCAUCCUCUGGAUCGGACUUGCCGUCGGAUUUUCCUUGAUUUUCCUCGAUGUGCAUCCGAAAUCGAAGCGGUUCUUCCUCUUCAUUCCCUUCACCCUCGCCGUUCUCUUCCUGAUCUCGCACCAGUACGAGCUUGACCCCAUCCUCAUCCUCUUCAACCAAUCCGAGUCCACUCCCUUCCGCACAUUGUCGAUCAAGGAGCCGUACGUGAAGAAGCUGCUUAUCGGCCGCGCGCUCUGGGUGUCCAUGCUCGUUGCCGCGUGUAGCGUUGCUUUGACGCUCAUCUUCUGGGCUGUCCCCGGUAAGCGCCUCUAAGGCACAUGCUCACGUCGACCCUCAGCAGCGACACUUGUACGCCAUCUAGUCGACGUCCCGCCUCUUCGCAUACUAUUGUGGUCCAAGUAUUGCUGGCUUGCAUCUUCGCAUGGAUCCUCCUUAAUUAUUCGUUGGCUAGUAUAAGUACUUUCUGAUACCCUUGCAUUUCUCGACCUGCAGUGACUUUGUUCACCCCCCCUCGCCGUCUAUGUUGUUUAGCUUAGCAAGCAUCGCCGCUCCUUACCUAGAUCCCGUAAUGUCUUCCGGCUCGAUACAUAUGUGGAAGGUCGUUUGUACACCAUGAUAUCGCAUGUCCGUUGUGACGAGUCUGACACUUAUGACUAGGUAAUG